CCACGUAAAAAGACAUAAUUUUAGUACUACUACCCUUAUCUCUCUCCUCUUACCAAACCCACAAAACCUUAUAUAUAUAUAUAUACAUACACUACACAUAUUAUAACAAACAAAUAUAUAUAUAUAUAUUCUCUCAAGUGCUGAUCAUCACUAUCUAUAUUCUCCAACCAACCCAGAAAAGAAAAAAGAAAAAAAAAGCCAAAAUGCCUAUUGAUAGUACUACUGGUUUAUCGGGUUGGGGACAAACUGUGUGUGUGACCGGAGCCGGUGGAUUCAUAGCCUCUUGGAUUGUCAAGCUAUUACUCGAAAGAGGGUAUACUGUUAAAGGGACUCUCAGAAACCCAGAUGACCCAAAAAAUGGUCACUUGAGGGAGCUUGAAGGAGCAAACGAGAGGUUGAUACUAUGCAAAGCCGAUCUUCUUGAUUACGAGAGCCUUAGAGAAGCCAUCCGUGGUUGCCAGGGCGUUUUCCACACGGCAUCUCCGGUUACUGACGAUCCGGAACAAAUGGUGGAACCAGCUGUGAAUGGGACCAAGAAUGUGAUUAACGCAGCUGUGGAAGCCAAGGUCAGGCGCGUGGUGUUCACAUCAUCGAUUGGUGCUGUGUACAUGGACCCCAAUAGAGGACCCGAUGUUGUGGUGGACGAGUCUUGUUGGAGUGAUCUUGAGUUUUGCAAGAAUACCAGGAACUGGUACUGUUACGGCAAGGCAGUGGCGGAGCAAGCGGCGUGGGAGGUGGCGGAGGAGAAAGGGGUUGAUCUGGUGGUGGUGAACCCGGUUCUAGUGCUUGGACCGUUGUUGCAGCCCACUGUUAACGCCAGCACUGUUCACAUCCUUAAGUACCUAACCGGUUCGGCCAAGACUUACGCCAACUCGGUCCAGGCUUAUGCGCAUGUCAAGGACGUUGCACUCGCCCACAUCUUGGUAUUCGAGACGCCCUCCGCCGCCGGCCGCUACCUCUGCGCCGAGAGCGUGCUCCACCGUGGCGAGGUCGUUGAAAUUCUCUCCAAGUUCUUCCCGGAAUACCCUAUUCCUUUGAAGUGUUCAGAUGAAGUGAAUCCAAGAGUAAAACCCUACAAGUUCUCAAACCAGAAACUGAAAGACUUGGGAAUGGAGUUCACACCAGUGAAACAGUGCCUAUACGACACCGUUAAGAGCUUGCAAGAAAAAGGACACCUUCCACUUCCAGUAGUCUCUUCUCCACAGGAAGAUUCUAUUAGAAUCCAAUCUUCUUAAUUAGGGUCUUUCUUCUUCUCCUGUGCUCGGUUCUGGAUUAUUAUUCUUACUAUCUAAUCCAUAUAUAAUGAAAUUAAACAAGAAAAAUAUUGUUUGAGCUGUUUAAAGAAACAUGAUAACAAUUUCAUAAUAUGUUUGAAGUUUUUUUGUGUACAAA